CUGUCAGCAACGGCCAACAGUGUGCUUUCAUCAGCUUCUGAUGAAGAUAUUGUUAGGAAUGGUUCCCGCAAAGACUUUUGGUUCGCCGUGCCGAGAGAGAAAGUUGAUGCCAUAUAUCAUUUUCUGCUGCAGUGGAAUCCGGAGAAAUAUGGAGCGGAGAAACAGGAUGAAAAUGUGGAGGAAUUGAAUGAUCAGGAGCGAAGCCUCGAACUGCUUCAGGACAAUGAAUUUGUGAUUUUGGAUGUAGAAGCAGAUGGGAAACUUUCAGGUGAAUUUUUCACCCAUUCACUCAGCCUCGCGCCUUUUUCACUUCAUUUUGACGAUUCUGGAUCCGCUGAAGAGCUAGUAAAGAAUUCGUCAUCGUAA